CACCAACAACCCAAAAACAAAACAACUGACCCUUUUCUAAUCGCUUUCCAGUCAGUCAAGCGGUUUCAAUGGUAAAAAGCACAGAGGCGCAAUAGGUGGAAGGAACUGGAAGUGGAACAUGGGAAACUCUCUCUCACUUGCAGCUUUUCACUUCUACUUCUAGUGCCAAUAAGGUUUGAACUUUGAAUUGAAGUGAAGAACUUGAAUAGGGAGUUAGGGUUGUUUUGUUGAGGAAGACACGACACAGUAGAGAGAAUGGAGCGUAGUUUGUGGGGUCACUUGCCGCUAUUGAUGAGGUCGAAUUCGAAAGAGUCAGUUGAAUACAUUCUCCAAGCCCUUUGGAGAACACGAAAAACUGGUCUCGACCCCGCCGACCGCCAUAUCGUCCGCGACAUGCUCCAGCUUGAAAACGAUUCCGACCUCGACCCUCUUUUGGUAUGUCUUCGCAUGUUGAUCCGUAGGUUUGUUUACGAGAAUGUCAGCAAGGAUGACAUUCAUAAACUGUUUCCCACUGAAGUAUUGCCUGAACUACAAAGACUAUUGACGCUUCUGCUACAAAAGUUUCAACGAGAAUGGCAGGAUGAUUUACUCAAGGAUCAGGUUACUUUGCCCCGGUUGAAGGCAAUGACAUGGGAUAUGGCAAAUCAAGAUGCUGAAUCCGUAGACCCUGUGGCUGUUAUCAAUUUGAAGCUUCAAAAUGAUGCACAGUCUCACUCAGGAGAAUUGGAUGUGAAGUUCCAAUUAUCUCAAGAUACUCUAGAGACGAUGCUGAGUUCCAUGUACUCUAUAAGAGACCAGUUGUCUAACAUGGAUGAGACCUCAACGAGGCAUUUAUCCCAAGAAACCAAUGUGAUGUAGUUCAUGAUAUGCAUGAGAUACUGUGUCUCUUGAGGAUCCAUUGUCAAUCUCAAAAUUUUGGAACAUAGACUUGGUCGUUGUUGGGUGUUGGAAAUAUAGUACUGAAAAAAAGAAGGUUAGAAUGAUCUCACAAUGUUGUACAAUCACGCUACGAAAGCAUUGUCCUUAAAGUGUACCUGGAAGUGUGUGCAAACCAUAACAGAGAGGGUAGAGCAAAGCAGAGCAGAAGGAAAACUAAUCUGGACCUGUGCGACGGGGAGGGGCAGUGUGUGUGUGUGAUAUGGAUAAAGCCCACUAUCUUAAGAUAUAAAUGGUGGCUUACAAUGACAUAUAAACACAUAAGUGAGUUCUCUCCUAACGAAUGUGGGAUUCACAACAAUGUAUAAAGUGUUUGGAAUACAUUCCCACACCAACAUUGGGUUCUCAAUGUUUUUAGGUUGAAUUUACUGGAAUUUUGCUGUUUGUUGUUGAAUUGAAUUAUCUUUUGACAAAACAUGCCUAGAAUGGGGUUCAUGACUUUGUUAAGCAUCUUGAAAAGCUUGAAGUAUGGGGACUUAUCAAUUGCACUAAA